AUGACGGAUACGGUUAUUCUUUGCAAGACCGUGGCUAAUAUAUUCUCGGUAGUUCUACAUAUUACUCUUCUUCUUACUAUCGUUUUCACACCGUCACUGAAAUGCGGAGGUUUCGAUGAGCCAUUGGCCACACUCACAAACGCUGCCGAAUGGUACACGAAUUAUGUGAUUAUCCUAUCCGCACUCACGUUUGGUCUGGAUAGAGCGGCAGAUUCUACCUAUGAUGCAAUCGAUAUGUUGUUCGAAACGUUGUUCUUUGUGCCAGUGUUGUGUAUGUUGAACGGUUUCACUAUAGUUAUGCUUUAUAAUCAAUGGAAUACGGUGAAAAAGCGUCAGGAAUUGAAACUUCGACGGGGUUCGGGACAUCUUCCUACCAUUACCGAACUCUUUUCCAUUUAUAUCGAUCCAGAGGUUGACAGCACUGCUCCGAAAUCGCUGAGUCGCCUCAAAGAUCUUCAGGAAAAACGGAUGCUACACAGACUCGAAAUGGAGCUUUCAUUCGCGAUGAUCGCAAUCAUUGACCAACAAAUCGAUUUUUUUGCUGUCCUCUUCUACACGCUCUAUUGGGCCAGCUAUUCUCAUUAUAUCGAUGUGAAUGGAACGAGAUUCUUGGAAGUCUACAGCUAUUUCUUUGAAAUUGGAAACAUUAUCACUCCAUAUGUGCUUUUAUGUUUUUGUCCGGAUCUAAGAAAGGAGUUUUUCCGUCGCAUUAAGCCACGUUGUGAAAAUAUAGAACAUGAUUUUUGA